GUUACACCCAAGCGUGGGUUUCGAAGGCGCGGAAUCUUCCAUACAGACCGAUUUAAGGCGGCGAGGAAGGGGUCCUGGGACCAUGGCUUUCCCUGAGCCAAAGCCGCGGCCUCCGGAGCUGCCGCAGAAACGGUUGAAGACGCUGGACUGCGGGCAAGGGGCGGUGCGAGCCGUACGAUUUAAUGUGGAUGGCAAUUACUGCCUGACGUGCGGCAGUGACAAGACCCUGAAGCUAUGGAACCCGCUUCGGGGGACGCUGCUGCGGACGUACAGCGGCCACGGCUACGAGGUGCUGGAUGCGGCCGGCUCCUUUGACAACAGCAGUCUCUGCUCCGGCGGCGGGGACAAGGCGGUGGUUCUGUGGGAUGUGGCAUCAGGACAGGUCGUGCGCAAAUUCCGGGGCCAUGCAGGGAAGGUGAACACGGUGCAGUUUAAUGAAGAGGCCACAGUUAUCCUGUCCGGCUCUAUUGAUUCCAGUAUCCGCUGUUGGGAUUGCCGCUCACGGAGGCCUGAGCCCGUGCAGACGCUGGAUGAGGCCAGAGAUGGCGUGUCCAGUGUGAAGGUGUCAGACCACGAGGUCCUGGCAGGCUCCGUGGACGGCCGCAUGAGACGCUAUGACCUGAGGAUGGGCCAGCUCUUCUCAGACUACGUGGGCAGCCCCAUCACCUGCACCUGCUUCAGCCGGGACGGGCAGUGCACCCUGGUGUCCAGUCUGGACUCCACAUUGCGGCUCCUGGACAAAGACACAGGCGAGCUGCUGGGCGAGUACAAGGGCCAUAAGAACCAGGAGUACAAGCUGGACUGCUGCCUAAGCGAGCGUGACACACAUGUGGUCAGCUGCUCUGAGGACGGGAAGGUGUUCUUCUGGGACCUGGUGGAGAACAGAAGUUGCAUUGGAGGGCAGACACAUCAAGGGACAUUUUCAAGGUGGAAAGAGGAACCAUGGCUUGCUUGAGGAACUGUUUGCAUUGGUGCUGACCAGGGGAAGUGGGGAUCAUGGGUGCUGCCAAGUGGACAGGAUGGAGCCCAGCUUGUGGCAGGGAACACGUAAGCUGCGAGCAAGGCAUGCUCCAAGCAUGGUAGUGGCAGAAAAUCAGCGGUCUCUGGACACAGUCUAGAAGCAGAGCCAAGAGGAAUGACUGAUAGAGGAACGUGUGGUACAAGAAAAAGACUCCCGGCCAGGAGCAGUGACUCACGCCUGUCAUCCCAGCACUUUGGGAGGCCGAGGGGGGUGGAUCCAUGAGGUCAGG